AUGCUUCGGAGGCCGUUUUGGUUCUGUGAGUUCAUCGUGGCACUUGCUUGGAGAGAUGCAGCACCGGACUUCCUCUCGCUUGAUCCAAGCCUCACGCCGAACUCGCUGAUAGCAAAGGCAGAGGUGACCUCCGAAGCUACGAACCAUAGUGCGAAUGAGAGCGCCGUCACGCCCGAGGCGUUGCUAAGCGUGCUUCGGGAGGAGCACAAGAAGAACAGAAGAUUACGGAAAAGGCUGUACAGAAUGAUGCAUCGUGAAAGCGAGAAUUUCUCCGAGACUGUCAUCGCGGCUCGAUCGAUGCAGCAAGACCUCUCCAGCUACCUCCACAACCUGACCCACCAGGAUACCAAUGUUGGAUCAAGUUGA